AAUAUGUUUGAGUCUCUAUAGAGAUUGUGGUUUCGGACUCAAAAGACCGGAGAUAUUCCUAAUCAAAAUUCUAAAUCAGUUCAGCUGAAUUAAAAAAAAUAUAUAUUUAUAUUUGCAAAUAUAUAUACACAUAUAUAACGACAUGACAAAAGGGACAGGUCCAUUGUCAAAAGUAUACAAUGUUGUUAUUAAUUCCGUUGACAAAGUAGUACCGCAGGCCGCUCGACCAUUCUGGGAAGCUCCGACAGGUCCGAAAACUGUUUUCUUCUGGGCCCCCCUUGGCAAAUGGGGUUUGGUACUUGCUGGACUUGGAGAUCUGGUUAAACGCCCACCCCAAAAUGUAUCUCUCAAUCAGUCGGGAGUACUCGCCACAACAGGAUUGAUUUGGUCACGUUAUUCAGUUGUGAUUGUACCCAAAAACUAUAGUUUGCUUGCUGUUAAUAUGGUUGUCUUUUUAACCCAAGCUUUUUUAAUCGGCAAACAUUUGAAAUGGAAAAGUGAAAAUACCAGUCAAGUUGUUUACCAACAUCCACGCUCUAUACUUCGUUUCAAUGACAGCUCAUAAAUAAUAUAACAAACUGAAGGUUAUUUUAACUUUUUAUAAUAAAUAACGUAGGGUUAUUUAAUUAAAAAAUAAUUAUUGCGGCGCACCUCAACUUCUUGAGCAAGAUAACAAAAUAUUAUUAUAAAAGUCGAAUAGUCAGUUCAGUGCGGAAGCCCCUUGAAAAUUAUAAAAAUUAAUGU